AUGGCAACGCUAAUCAAAGCCAUUGUAUCACCUAGUCUGACAUUUAUCUCUUCUAUUGUCUCCUUCCUUAUAGGUCCCAGUUCCCCAGGCUCCGAAAUUCUUGAUGAAGCUGGCCGUGGGAGUAUGAGUCCUGCUUCCAUUGUUGCCACAUAUCAAACUGCUUUUCCGACAAAUAGCUGGCUUGCCGUUGGCCUCGAAUCUUCAGAAGUUGAAGUGGUCGCCAUCGGUCCUGAUGGACCUCCGUUGACUCUGAGUUCAUCAUCAUCAUCUUCUUCUUCAUCAUCUGCUUCCGCUCCAGCCACUUCCACGUCCCUUGCAUCUUCCGCCACAAAUGCUAUAGGUAGCUCCUCUGUGAAGACAGAACCAGCAGCCACCGGCUCCGGAGCCACCUCUACGUCAUCCUCGUCUGCCUCCUCGCCGUCUCCUGUCCCUACCGACCUCUCGGUGCCUUCUGCCAUCACCGGUGGACAAGCCUCUUCCUCCUCGACCUCCCCAGCUUCAAUUCCAAACCUACCACAGCAUUUCAGAUUGACUCGGCAUGAUAGCUGCGUCCUAGCUCUACGGUUUGCUCACACUGCUGACUGGUUCUUGACUACUGGCAAAGACCAUCAAGUGAACGCCUGGAGAACGCCAUACGGUGCCUGUCUUCUCGAGACGAAAGAGGCUGCCUCUGUGCUGACAUGUGAUAUCUCACCAGACGAUAAAUAUGUAGUCACUGGCUCUGGCGAUAAACGGGCAAAUCUCUACGAGGUCAUUUACUCCUCCAAACGAUGA